AUCUCGGCCCAAGCGCCCAUACAUGUACAUACCUUACCUGCCCACACACCAUUCGCCAUGAUGGCUGGCUUGCCCAACGAUGCAACCGGGGUCAGGUGUCGGGACAGUGCUCUGUCAAGGCCAAAAAGAGCACAGGUCUCCAAAGCUUGCCACCGGUGCAGAAGACUGCAGAAGGGCUGCAGCGCAUCUAGGCCGUGUCAGCGGUGCAUCAGGGUCGGCUUGGAAGACCAGUGCAUCCGAAAUGAGGAGCUGGAACCGCAGAUGGCGGUCGACAGAAACUGGUCGUAUCCGCAGGUACCACCAGCAAGUGUCUCGACGGAGACGCUCCUCGCCGUCCCCAGAACACUCGCCACGGGUCCACAGCCGCCGUCUCUGCCCCCUGCCUCGGUCGUCAGCUACUGCUUCCGUCGCUUCUUUGCCGCGCUGUAUCCUACUAUUCCCAUCUUAACCCCGGAGUACGCCGACCUGAUGACUGCAGAGGCAGAGUCGCCCGGGGGAGGCGAAGCUGAAUGUCUCGUCACGGCGGUCUGCGCGGUCGUUUUAAUCCGUGUGGAAGAGCCAAACCAGCGGCUGUUCCAGGAGGAAGGCAUUCCGCAUUCAAACAGCGAGUUUGGAAAGCUCCUCUUCGAGAAGGCUAUGGCGGCGCACCAUCAACUGUCGUCGGAAUUCGUCCCUUGCCUGGAACGAGCCCUGUCCACCUUUUUCCUUUAUACCGGCCAUGCAUCGCUCUUCCACCACAGCCAGGCAUUCCACUUCCUUCGAGACGCUGCUACCCUAUGGCUGGUGCUGCGUAUCGAUGAGAGUGACAGCUUGAGGCGGAGACUGGCUGAUCGGCUGUUCUGGGUGAUUCUGGUAUCGGAGCGCUCGCAUGGGAUUCGAUAUCGGCGGCCCAUCACAUUGCAGGUCACCCCUACAGCGCCUGACCUCAAUGAGGGCGAGGGAGCGGGAUCACCAGAUGCAGGUCUGACGGGGUUGAGGAAUCUUGUCGCUCUCUUCCGCCCUCUCGACACUCCAUUUUUCGCCCUACUCAACCAGGAGGACACGCUGUUCGGGUCUCGAGUUCCCGCCUCGCUAGAGGCGAUCCAGUCCGCCGUUCGCGGCGGGCCGGAGCCACACCACAGCAGGAUCCUCUGCGAAACGCAGCUUGCCAAUCUCGAGGUGACCCGGCUGUGGCUGUUGGUCAUUCUCUGGCAACUCCGGCUGCGUCUGGGAUUGCUCGAGGAGGAGCUCGGGACACCAGGCCACCUGACACUCCGCUACCCUGUCAAUGUCGGUGAAGAGCUGGUCGGUGUCAUUCGGGGCAUGUCUCUGGGCAGCAUCAGCAUCCACGGUGUCGGCAUCAACGAGAAGGUGUUUGAUAUCACCUGCGCCAUGGUAGACGUGCUCUCCCGCGUGCCGGCCACGGACAAGAGCCGCACAGGAUCGGAGAACAUUAGAUACCUCAGACAACUGAUCCAUCAACUUCCUGGUGGUGCGUCGACUUAUGAUGCGCUUCUUGACAACCACAUAAGCAACGCGCUGCCCAGCUUUCUCGGGAGUCCAGGCGUUAUUUCAGACGUAGCUUUACCGUGAUGACAGGAGUUGAAGAGGCCAGAGUAAAAGCACUAAACAAAAUUCAGCGAACCUGUUCGGAUGUCGCGCGGGAGCUUGUAGCUCGAGAAAUUUGAUCUCAUCUGCCAGAAUCCGAUUUU